CUUCUCCCCCCCCCUUCUUUGAGAAUUGAAACGCUAAGUCUUUCUCCCCCGCCCCGUCCAAUUUACAUUUUCUUUGCCUCUAAACCUCGAGAUUUAGGAAGGGGUUGGAGUAGCCGAGGAGCAAAUUGGGCUGGAGAGUGCGGGAGCGCCAGCUGUUUCGUUGCUUCCGCGAGUUUCUCUCUGUCCCCCAGAAAGUCGAUCCGAGGGCAAAUCGCGCAUUGUUCCUGCAGCUGUAUCUGCCUGAGUGCCCCCCGUUUCUUUUCCAAAUCUUCGAAAGUGUCCAGCAAGCAUCUGAACAGAGAUUACACAACCCAAGACAUUAACUGGAGACUGGAAUAAUCAGUAACAAUGAUGACAGAGACGGGCCCAGAUUCGGAGGUGAAGAAAGCUCAAGAAGAGAGUCCCCAGCAGCAGCUGGAGCCAGCAGCAACUGGGCCAAACACAGUGAAUGGUAGCUCCACCAACACAGUACACAAUCAGGAAGCUGACGAUAAUGAGAAACCAGGAGCCCACAGUGAUGCUAAACAUGGGGAGCGGGCUGUGGACAUGGAUGAAAAGGACUACAGUGAAGCAGAUGGGUUAUCUGAGAAAACUACCCCCAGCAAGGCCCAAAAAUCUCCUCAGAAAAUCACCAAAAAACUCAAGAGUGCAAUCUGCAGGGUGACUCUUCUGGAUGCCUCAGAGUAUGAGUGUGAAGUGGAGAAACACGCUCGGGGUCAAGUACUCUUUGACCUGGUCUGUGAGCACCUUAACCUGUUGGAGAAGGAUUACUUUGGACUCACAUUCUGUGAUUCAGAUAGCCAGAAGAAUUGGCUGGAUCCUUCUAAGGAAAUAAAGAAACAGAUUCGCAGUGGCCCCUGGAACUUUGCCUUCACAGUCAAAUUUUACCCACCAGAUCCAGCCCAACUCACAGAGGAUAUCACAAGGUAUUACUUGUGCUUGCAACUCCGAGCAGAUAUCAUCAGUGGACGUCUACCGUGUUCUUUUGUAACACAUGCACUGCUAGGCUCAUAUGCUGUACAAGCUGAACUGGGGGAUUAUGAUACUGAAGAACAUGUUGGCAAUUAUGUUGGUGAACUGCGUUUUGCUCCCAAUCAGACCAGGGAACUGGAAGAGCGUAUUAUGGAGCUACAUAAGACUUACCGGGGCAUGACACCUGGAGAGGCAGAGAUUCACUUCCUGGAGAAUGCCAAGAAACUUUCAAUGUAUGGAGUUGAUUUGCAUCAUGCUAAGGAUUCAGAAGGCAUUGACAUCAUGCUGGGUGUUUGUGCCAAUGGCCUUCUCAUAUAUAGGGACAGACUGAGAAUAAACCGUUUUGCCUGGCCCAAGAUCCUCAAGAUUUCAUACAAAAGAAGUAACUUCUACAUCAAAAUUCGACCUGGUGAGUAUGAGCAGUUUGAGAGUACCAUUGGUUUCAAGCUGCCCAACCAUCGCUCAGCCAAGAGACUCUGGAAGGUUUGCAUUGAACAUCACACUUUCUUCAGGUUGGUGUCACCUGAGCCUCCUCCAAAAGGCUUCCUAGUCAUGGGCUCCAAAUUCCGCUACAGUGGGCGAACCCAGGCUCAAACUCGACAAGCCAGCGCUUUGAUCGAUCGUCCUGCCCCUUACUUUGAACGCUCCUCCAGCAAACGGUACACCAUGUCUCGCAGCCUCGAUGGAGAAUUCUCCCGCCCAGUUUCAGUCAGUGAGAAUCACGAUGGAGCAGAGUCAGACAAGAGAGAAGAUGAUAGGUAUGGUGGGAGGACGAGAUCUGAAGAUGAAGAGGUGACCACUCCAACAAAAAUCAAGGAGUUAAAGCCAGAACAGGAAACCACCCCAAGGCACAAGCAGGAGUUUUUAGACAAACCGGAAGAUGUUUUGCUAAAGCACCAGGCCAGCAUUAAUGAGUUGAAGCGGACCCUGAAGGAACCCAAUAGCAAGCUCGUGCACAGAGACCGGGAUAGAAGGCUGCCUUCCUCACCUGCCUCUUCCUCACCCAAACACGAGGAUGAGAUGCCAAAGGGGACCCCUGAGAAGGCCAAUGAGAUGUCAGAAGAGGAUUCUCCAGAGGAUCUGUCAUCUGAACAUGGAGCUGCAUUAAUCAUGGAAUCUUUUAUACAGAAAAGCCUUGUUUCUUCUCCAGAGGGUUCAGAGCAUUGGGUAUUUAUAGAAAGAGAAACUUCUGGGCUGGAAGAGCUAGCGUUAAAACAAAUUAUUAAGACCCAGAAGGAAGAAUCAAGUGCAGGUGCCUCAGAAAAGCAAACAAAUUUGGACUUCUCAAAAGAGACCACUGCAACAGGGGAAGCCAAGGCAGCAACAAAGCAGGAGGUAAAAGGAAGUGAGGAGAGCAAAAUAAAGGUUCACAGAAAAGCCAAAAUGAUAGCCAGUCCAGAAGAUUUUGAAUCAUUAUGGGAAGAUGAUGAGUAUGAGAAAGAUUACAGAAAAAAAUCUUCUGAGGCAGAAAACCUAACAACGGGGGAAAGAGAAGAGAAAAGCAAUAAAACAGGGCCAGCAGUGUUUGGUUCUUGUGAACCAGAGAAGAAAGAAGAACAGAAAGACAAAAAGAAGGCUGUGGUGGCAGCCUCCACUGAAAGUAAGCAACCUACUGGCCCAGUCCAGUCCAAAGAAGGACCAGUAUGUGCCUCUUUUCAUCCAGAGUCUCCAAAAGAAGAAAGCAAAAUUAUAAUAAAUGAACAUAGGACUACCUUGAAAUUAUCAGAAAAGGAAGUUCUUCAGGAUACCUCAGAUUCUGACUCAGUUAAAACUAAGGUGAAACUAAGUGAUAAGACAGUAUCUUCUGCUGCUGAACGGAUUAUCUAUUUGGGUUCUGAAGAAACAGAUGAAACAAAUAAUUGUGCCUUUGAGAAGAGGCAAGAAAACCAAAUAGAAAAACAGAAGAGCAUUAGGCUUGCCCCAGUUAUAGGAAAGAGAGAGGGAGAAAUUGUGCUCUCAUUCAGCAUAUCCACAUAUUGUGAAGGAACGUCAGAAGUCAGCAAAACAAUUAUGCAAUCAGAGCAGUCUGAGAAAGAUACUGUGGAUGACAAAAACAUACAUUCUACUAAGCUGCAUUCAAAUGAAAAAGAGGUUCAUUCAAUUUCAGCGGAAGGUGUUUCUAUAGAGUCAAAUGAUUAUGGAAUCAAAGAUGAUCAGGAAUACAGUGCAUAUUCUUCCACACAUGAAGCCUAUGAAAGGGAUUCCAUAAUCCUAUUAUCAGCAACUCAGUUAAAAUCUGGAUCCUCCCCAAAAGAGGCAACAGCUUAUCUUUCUUAUGAGCAUGAAAAAGGAGUGGAUGAAACAUAUAAUAGCAGUCUUCAAGAAGGUGAAAAAGAAUCUGACAAGGAGGAGGCUGAUACUGUCAUAGGAGAAGAGAGCAUGAUAUUAAAAACUUCAGAAAAACAAAGCAAAAUAAAUAAGUCAGAAGAAAUGGAAACUUCUCAAAUACUUCUUCAGAUGGAAGCCAUAGAAUUUAUGGACUCCACCAUGGAUUCCUCAUCACAACAGCUUUUCUGUUCUACAGAAAUUUCAGCUAGAGAACCACAUAAAUCACAAGAAGAAAAGACAGGAAAAUUAGCCCAAGAUAAAACUCAUGAUUCAAGCUGGCCUCUUCAGGACAAAUUAUCAGAAGUUCAAGAACUAGUCCAACAUAAAUACAUCAGAUCAGAAGAUUCCACCAAAGAUAAACUUCCUGAUUUGGAACUAUCAGCCAAAAAUGAAAGUAUUGAAUUGAAAAUUCCAGCCAUAAACAAACAACUAAUGGAAAAUACUAAUUAUAGUGAACUGGAGCAGUUAACAAAAGAUGAAUCUACCCUGUCAGAAGACUCAACUAAAAAUAAGCCAUCAAAUUCACAUAAUAUGUCAGAAUGGAGAGAAACAGCUAAAUACGGAUCCCCUGAGACUGAAGAGUGUGACAGAAAUGAGUGUCAUGAAUUAAAUAGGAUGGCUAAACAUAAGCUCCAAGAAUUGGCUGAACUCCCAAAAUUAGAAAAGGUAGCUAAGAAUAAUAUUUCAGAAUGGGAGGACUUGGCUGAAGAUAAGGUCCAUGAAAUGGAUGAGCUGACCAAAGAUAAUAUCCCAAAAUCAGAGGAUAUCGUUUUAACUUUAAAUCUAGAUGAAGUAGUCCAGGAUACAACCUCUUGCUUGAAACAGCCAUCUAGAGAUAAAAUGUUACCAAAGUCUGGCUCUCUUGGUUCUAAACCGUCAGAAUUAGAAGAUCAAUUUCUUUUAAAAGAAGAACUUGACCCUACACAGUCUGUUAAGACUGGGUCACCAGAAUGGAACAAAGAAUGUUCAAAACCUCCUCAUGCUACAGAACAGGACCUGAAACAGGUGCAAACUACAAAUAAUAAACAAAAACCCAAUCUGGAACAACUCAUAGAACAUAGUACCAGUAUUACUGCUUCAUCUCAAAAUCAUAAGGAUAUAGACUCACUCACAGAGAGCCAAAAGGAUUUAUUCAAACGUAGAAGUGCAACAAAUAAAGAAAACUCCAUAGCUUCUAAAAUUAGGAUGUUUGAACAAGGUGAAAUGUACAGCCUACUUUCUGAUGAACCACACGUAGCCUCAACAGGAUUCCGUGAGAGUUGUCCUGGCAGUGAGAUAUCAAAAGAUCUAUCAGACGCAGAACUACAGAAAGAAAUAUUUUUAAAAAACUCUGAAAAAGUAAUAGUGACUUUGCAACCGUCAGAUGACAAAACAAAAGACCCUGGAGAAAUAUUAGACAUGGUCUACCUACCUGUAAAUCAAGGAAUAAAUGAGGGAGAACCUUCUCAGCUGUCAUCUUGGAAGGAAGAUAUUUCUGUUGGAUCAGAGCAAGGAGGAGAAAGAGAAGCUGAAUUGGCUUCUCCUGAUUCUGGCUGUGAAAUCACUUUGGCAGAAGCUGUGAGCAAAUUUCAAGAACCAACUUGGGAAGAAAAGGAUUUGUCAGGCCUGUCAGUAAAAGCCUUUCCGAAAGAAGAGAGUUUAAAGGCUGCUGCUCCAGUGGCCCCUCAGAGAGCGGGAUUGAGGGAGGGCACAGAGGAGAAAUCUAAGCUGCCUCGGCACAGGGCUGCUGAAAGUGAUACCGGGGAUGAGGACCAGGACCAGGAGAGAGACUCGGUCUUCCUGAAAGACAACCAUUUGGCCAUCGAGCGCAAGUGCUCCAGUAUUACUGUCAGCUCAACUUCCAGCCUCGAGGCUGAGGUGGACUUCACUGUCAUUGGCGACUACCAUAGUGCAGCCUUUGAAGAUUUCUCACGGAGUCUCCCUGAACUUGAUAAGGAAAAGAGUGAGGGAGAAGCAGAGGGUCAGAUUUCUACUGAGGAAUCUGAUGGACCAGCUCCCAAGGAAGAUAGUGAUGCCAUGGAUGAAGAUAAGGCUUCUCAUGUAAGCCCAGAAGAGUCCUUUAGUCUGAAAUCAGAAAUUGUGAAAAAAGUGGAAGCAGACACCUCUGUGCAACACAGAAUCGGUACAACAGAAAUUACACAGGUUGAUGGUACCACUACUGAUGGAAAAGAGACAGUGACCACUUCCCACAUUGUCAGCACAGAAACCAUAUCAACCACCUCAGAUCACAGCACCAAGCCUACAAAAGGCACUGCAGACCUUCGCUCCAUCUCUCCAAUUACCAGUGGUGCUGUUGGCAAAGAAGCCUUCACCAGCCUUUUCGGUGCCACUGCAGAAACCCUCUCCACCUCCACAACUACCCAUGUUACUAAGACUGUGAAAGGAGGCUUUUCUGAAACCAGAAUAGAAAAGCGAAUCAUCAUAACAGGAGAUGAAGAUGUGGACCAAGACCAAGCUUUGGCUUUAGCCAUCAAGGAGGCAAAAUUGCAGCAUCCUGAUAUGCUGGUAACCAAAGCUGUAGUAUAUAGAGAAACAGACCCAUCUCCAGAAGAAAAGGACAAGAAACCUCAGGAAUCUUGACCUUUGUGUUUCUAGAAGUUGGCAUCUAUUUUAACUUUGAAGUAAAGAAGGGGCCUUUAUGCUGGAUUCCUCACUGAGACAUAGAACGUCCUGGCUGCAAGAAUAAUGUUGAGAGACAAAAUAUUAAAUAAGGAAUAGCAAAUAUAUUAUAUAUUAUAUAUACAGGAAACAAAAUGCAUCCUUGCACUGCUGCUAUAUGCUGGAGAUGAAUAAAAAAACAGCAACAUCAGCAACGAACAAACCAACCACCUCUUCAAAUAAAUUGAAGAAUUGACUGAACUGAUCUAAAAAAAUCAUGAUGGUAAUAAUAUUAACAAUUCAAUAAACCACCAUUGUGCAUGUUACAUUUAAAGAACACAUAAAUUCAUUUGUUGCACACUGAAUGGAAAAGCAAAAAUGCUUUGCAACAAAGCAAGAAAUCAACAAGCAAAACAAGCAGAAUUACAAAAUGAUUCCCUGAUAGGAAAGAAUUAAAAUCCAUUCACUUGUAUAAUUUCUGUUUAUUAUUUUCUGAUUUGGGAUGUGCGGUGAUCAUCCUUUAUCUUCACGCCAUGCUACUUUUGUUGCUUCACUGGAUUCUUUUAUUUUCCCCAGUUGGUCCUUCCUUUUUUAAAUGUUUCCUCUUCUCAUCUAAUGUCUUGUUCUGCUGAAGAUAAUUAUGACUUUCUUUCACUUAAAGCAAAGGAAAAUGAUAUGUAUAUGAUUUCUCGCUGAACAAAAUGCAGCCUGUAGAGAUUUCAUAUUGAUGUGCUUUUAAGUUAUGGAUAUUAUAUAUAACUGGGGAGGGUGGGGAAUGAUAUUAAAACAAACAGUGCUAAGUGUGACAAUGA